GAAGAUUAGGAUGGUUCUCCUGUUCUGCAUCCUCUGCCUGAUGGCUCCAACUGGCUACAGUGAGAGCACAGGUCCUCCUGGUCCUCCUGGUCCUCCUGGUCCCAAAGGUGAAAUAGGAUUUCCUGGGCCACCUGGGCCAGAAGGAAAUCCAGGAUUUCCUGGAACGAAGGGUAGACCUGGACCUCCUGGACCUGCAGUAUCCAUUAACCUGGACAUUGAAACCUUAAAGAACAGCCUUGCUAAGUUAGAGCUGGCUAGAAACUAUGACUUUGUCCGGAGGGUUGGUCAGAAAUACUUUGUUUCCAACAAGGAGAGAGACUCUUUCUCCAGGGCUUCUGAGUUCUGCUCCCAACAAGGCUUAGAGCUGGCUUUGCCCCAGAACGAGGAGGAGAACAGAGUACUGACUCAAGUGUUUGGGGAUGUUGACAAAACGGCCUGGAUCAACGUCAACAAUAAAAAAGCAGAGGGGAAUUUUGCAACAGAUCUGAAAAAUCGACCUCUACCCUGUACCAAAUAGGGAGAAGGGCAGCCAGACAAAUCCAUCCAGGAUACAGGCUGCACCAUGCUGUCAGAAAAUGACAGACUGAGAUAACUGAACAGAACAGACUAACACAGAAUUAGACAGGGAGGCAGACACAGAUCAAAAUCAAACUAAACAGGAAUCAGACUGAACAGCACUAAAUCCAGAGUAGACUACAAACUAAUAGGGAAAACAGACUGAAACAAGAAACACACAACAGACUGACAUCAAACAUAACUGAUGCGCAGACAUAUUCCUCCAUGAAAAAGUAUUAAAGUACAUGAUCAAAGGACAAUUUACAUAGGCUAUAUAAGAAAAAGACAAUGUUUUCUGAGAAGAUUUUGCUACUGUAAAGUAUACAGCAGUGAAGCAGUUUCAUUUAUUCAUUCAUUCAAGACUCCAGGUGAAUUUAUUUACUUAUUGGCUGAUUUGCCUGCCUAGCUAAUGUAUCUGUUGAAAAGUGAAAUGGAAAGCUUACAGGAUUGGUACAGUGGUUAUGUGGAUGUUAACAAAAACAAAAGCUAAGAA